AUGACAGAUUUAGAAAGUGUUAGAAAGGAAAUUACAAGAUUAUAAACAGAGAAUGCAAAAUUAACAACAAAGAUAGUGAGAAAUAGAAAAGUAAUAUCAUAAAAGGAAGAAACUUAUGUCAAAGUUUAGGACAUUGCGAAUGAAGAAGAAACCUUUGACUCCGAUUCAACAUAAGCAUCCUUUAAGAUUAAAUAAUUGCCAAAUGGAAUGGAUAAAGUAAGGGAACUUUACAAAACUGUGUGUUAAUGUGGAGAUGUGGCUAAGUUUAAGUAAUUAAAUAUAUUAUUUUUAAGUGGGUUUUGUGAAAAUUGUGUUAAAAAAAUGAAAGAAGAUUAUGAAAAGGCUUUGAAUGAUUACUUACCUGUGUCUGCUUAAUAUGAGAAAGUUUACUCUAAUAAUGUAAAUAAAGAAGUGAAAAUGCUAUCAAUUAAAAAUAAAAUUGACUCUAUGAAAUAAAAAAUUAAAGAAGGUGACAUUAGCUUUUAGGAUGGUGAUCUAAAAAUAUUGUAAGACGAAAUCGAUUAUUUGAGAAAAUAAAUUAAAGUUACAUAAAUGGAUGUAUUUUAUAAAUAUUAUAUUAAGUAUGAAGUUUAACAAAAAGAGUUUACUCGAUAUGUUGAAGAAUAAAAUAAAGUCCAGGAGGAUUUAGAAAUGAGAUUAGCUAAAAAGGAAGAUAAAAUAUAAAAAAUUAAAGAACAGAUUGAUAUAUUGAUCUUAAAAAAUAAAAAAAUCGAAGAGAACAUUAGUUUUGCCAAAGAAGAGUUGGAAAGUUAUGUAAAAUGA